AUUUAUGAGAACCCAUAGAGGCUGGUAUGCAAACCAGGACUGUCCUAAAAGCUGGUUAGAGGUUUUAGAGCAUGCUGAGGGAAAGUCUGGCUUUUUUUUCGGGCGGAGUGUGCGAUCGAAUUCGGCCUAAAUCUAUGUGAACAUAAAAAAAGAAGCAAUGAUAUAUCUGAUCGAUGAGAUCCAGUCAGUCAUGUCUUGAGCCAAACAGCGAAUCCUAGUUCAUCUCAACAGAAUCCCCUGGAGCUGAGCCUUACCAUCGUCGGCCGUUGGAUCGGGAUCGAAUCGCGGCCGACGUGGCUUUCUCCGGCCGCUUAAUCCCUGAACCCCAGUCUGCCCUCUUCUCUUCCCCCUGCCGAGAGAGCGAGCGAGCGAGCGAGAAGUGGUAGGGGUCCGAGAAAGAGCUUCUUUCGAGUGCGGUGCGAUGUUCCUGCGGCGGAUCUUGACGGGGGGGAUGGGGGCGGUAUUGUUGGCGAAGGUGAAGGAGACGACGGGGAUCGUGGGGCUGGAGGUGGUGCCGAACGCCCGGGAGGUGCUGAUCUCGCUGUACAGGCGGACCCUGAAGGAGAUCCAGGCCGUGCCGGAGAACGAGGGCUACCGCAAGGCCGUCGAGAGCUUCACCCGGCACCGCCUCGAGGUCUGCCUCGAGGAGGAGGACUGGGAGGUGAUCGAGAAGCGCAUCGGCUGCGGCCAGGUCGAGGAGCUCAUCGAGGAGGCCCAGGACGAGCUCAAGCUCAUCGACAAGAUGAUCGAAUGGGAUCCCUGGGGUGUUCCAGAUGAUUUUGAAUGUGAAGUCAUUGAAGACGAUACUCCAAUUCCGAAACAUGUUCCUCAACACCGACCUGCUCCACUCCCAGAAGAGUUCUACAAGACGUUAGAGGCACUUACUUCGAAACCUGCUCCUAAGGAUGAACCUUCCACUCAAUCAAAGGCUUAAAAUUAUGGCUUUGCUUGGUUUCAAAACUGUUCAUAUGGGGAGCAUUUGUCAUGCCUCUUGGUCGCUACUCUGGUCUUCAUAUUAUGUUAGUCAUAAAUAACCUGGCUUCCUCUUAUGAGUGAAAUAAUGGUAGGAAAAUACCUGUUGUUAAUGCGUUUUUAACUCACGGGUACCGUCAUUCCUGACAUUUCUAUGGUCUUGGGUUGAAAAUUCUUUAUGACUUUGGUCGAGGUGAUAGUUAUGAUUUUGCCUAUUCUGUGAAACAAAAUUUUUGUUUGGAUGGUGUCGAGUGCCGGUCAGAUGGCAAAUUCCAGCUCCUCUUUUUUAUGGUUCAUGUUUCUUCGAUGCUAAAUCUUGUUCUGGUGUUGAGUUCAAGCCAAAUAGGCGGCAUAACCAAGCUUGUAUUUGGUGUUUGUAUUCGUGCCAAAUGUUGGCAAUAAUAUCUAAUAAAAAAAAAGCCAUGAAAAAUCUUUCCUCUU